CAUACGUAAAAAGUGUUUUCGAGCGAACGCAUCGCGUUUCGUCGAUCGCAGAGUAUAAAAAAAAAUUUAUAAAAAGAAGGAAAAAAAAGAAAAUAAUCUAAAGAAACAAAGCACUAGAAACAACAACAAACAACGUUAAAAUUUAGAGAAUUCAAUCAUUUCUCGUGCUAAAGGUACAUAAUACGUGAAAAGGUUUCUCAAAUUUGUGUGGAAAAUAUAGCAAAUUUGUUCUUUUUUUUGGGUGCAUUAAAAUACAAGAAUAUCAAACAAAUUAAAUUUGGCUUUGCCCAAGGAAGUUGUAUUUCUGAAUGAAAAGAGAUAUUACACAUUACACAGAGCGAUUCGCUAGUUAUAUUCGUCGUUGUUGAAUCGAUUGAACGAGGUUUUUUUUUGUUCAUACAUAUAUAUAGUAUAUAUAUGUGCUCUGCAUCGUGGUUUUUAUACCGUCAGUCUUCUCCGAUACGCAUAUAAGUGAUAUAUGUAGUGAGUACUCACUAUUCAGAAACAUUCAGUCAAAUAUAUAUAUGAAAUAAUUUUGUGUGUCGUGUUGUCGCGCGCGCUCUAUUAGUGGUGCUCGUCAUUUUGACUUUUUACACUUGCGUGUCGAAUCAUAUAUAUACAUAUUUUUUGUCAUAAUCGCAUGUGCUCCGAUUGAUACCGAAAAAGUUAGACUUGUUUUCUUCUUUGCCAUCGUCGUCGGAUCGAUUUUGUAUUAAUUAUCAAAAAAAAAGAAAAAAAAAGAAAAGAAAAGUUGUUGAAUCCCGUUUUUUUUGCUUGGUAGAAAAAGAAAACGGUCGCAGGCAGACAAAAUCAAAAAGAGAAUAAAAAGGUGCUCUCGAUUGACGUUCCACUUGUUUGGAUAAUUAGCGAGCCGCCCAAAGAGUGUGCGAAUAAGUAACGUGGUUUCAUUUUGGAACAGCCCCAAUCACUGUGUUCGAGUAUAGAGCUAGAGUGAGUCGAGAGACAACAGUCAACGAAAUCUAGAUGAUGACCAAUACAAUUGCAACGGGAGGUCUUGAGACCCAAGCACUGCUGGGCGCAGCACAGCAACAACAACAGCAACAACAGCAGCAGCAACAGGCCCAGAAAAAUGGCAACGAUUCGGACGAUGGUUCAGGUGAAAAUAAAACCAAUUUGAUUGUCAACUAUUUGCCGCAAACAAUGACCGAAGAAGAGAUUCGAUCGUUGUUCAGCAGUGUGGGUGAAGUGGAAAGUGUGAAAUUAGUGCGAGAUAAAACCGUUGUAUUUCCCGAUCCCAUGAAUCCGGGUGCACCGAAAGGUCAAAGUUUGGGCUAUGGUUUUGUUAACUACGUUAAGGCACAGGAUGCUGAACAGGCCGUUAAUGUGUUGAAUGGGCUACGAUUACAAAAUAAAACGAUCAAAGUGUCAUUUGCACGGCCCAGUUCGGAUGCCAUCAAGGGAGCCAAUUUGUAUAUUUCGGGAUUGCCAAAAACAAUGUCACAGCAAGACUUGGAAAUCAUUUUUUCACCAUUCGGUACGAUAAUUACGUCGCGCAUCUUGCAAAAUGCUGGCAACGAUUCACAAACAAAGGGUGUUGGCUUCAUUCGAUAUGAUACACGGGAUGAGGCAAAGCGUGCCAUUCAAGCCAUCAAUGGAACCACACCACAAGGAUGCACUGAACCAAUUUCGGUGAAAUUCUCAAACACACCCGGUUCAAAUUCGAACAAAGUCCUUCAAGCACCCGUACCAACAUUCUUGGCACCACACCUAGCACGACGCAUCGGUGGCGCCAUGCAUAAUCCCGUGAACAAAGGCUUGGCCCGAUUCUCACCGAUGGCCGGCGAAAUGCUAACCGAUGUCAUGAUUCCCGGUGCUAACGGCAUAACCAGCAUAGCCCCAGGUGGCGGAUGGAGCAUUUUUAUUUAUAAUUUGGCACCCGAAACCGAAGAGAGCACAUUGUGGCAAUUGUUUGGACCAUUCGGUGCCGUUCAAAGUGUUAAAAUAAUCAAAGACUCGGCCACCAACCAGUGCAAAGGAUACGGUUUUGUCACCAUGACCAAUUACGAAGAUGCAAUGAUGGCGAUACGUGCACUAAACGGUUAUGCUCUCGGCAAUCGAGUACUUCAAGUUUCAUUCAAGACAAACAAGCAAAAAUAAAUCCAUUUUAUCGAUUUAAAUCAAAUCGAGCGACGCAUUUUGUUGACAUGCAAACUGAACCGAUUGAAAUUUAACAAGAAAACAAAAAAAAAUCCUAUUUCGUAUUAUUACGAAACAAACAUUAAACACAACAAAAAAGAGAGAAUAACAUGAAACAGAAUCGAUUCUCACAUUUUUCAUUGCUAUUUGUGUACUGUGCUAGAUAAAGAUAAAGUUUACAUAGAACCGAAAAAAGAAAGAAAGAAAAAUUUAAUAACACACAAAAAACCAACACAAUUUAAUAACGAUUGAAAAUGCGCUUUUCGACAGAGAAUCCAGCAUGAAAAGUAGGAUUGAAGCAGUAAAACAGGGCUUUUAACUGAAUUUAACGAAUAUAUACAUACAUAUAAAUAUAUACCUAUUUAACUUUCGGAUGACAGAAUGAAGAAAGAAAAAAAAAACGAAUGAGUUUCCACAAUUGAUUCCAUCAAGAGAAAGAAAAACGAAAAAGCAUUACGAAAGUGUACACAUGUUGAACCUGAUAAUCAGUAGAAAAAAAAUGAGGAAAGCACAGAUAAAAAACAACAACAACAACCGCAACAAAACACACACCAAAAGGAUAGUUCGGCGCUGAAGCACCGAUCAAACGUAAAUAUAAGGAAUAGAGAACAGACAUCAUACAAAUACUCCUUAGCCAAUUGUGAUUAAACCAAAAAGCUAAAACGCAAUUUUUUACCAUAUAAAUAUAAAAUAAACUAUUUUAUAGAAUAAUUUUCCAGUUUAGUAGACACAUUUUUAAAUGAAGGAAAAAAAAACACGCAAAAUUGAUUCCAUGAAAAUUCUCCUUUUUUGUCCCCCACUCUCCCUCUAUCUUUCUCUCAACAUAUUUUCACUUGUCUCAUUACGGCAUACGACCCAUCUGAACUGCACAUUGUUAUUUUGCGCAAUCCUAUCUUUGCUUUGAAUAUAUAUAUAUAUAUAUAUAUACUAUAUCCUGUAUAUGUAUACUGUUUGAUUCAAACUAAGCAAGAAGAAAAGAGUUAAGAAAUUUUCCACUUUCCAAUUCAUUGACGCAGUUCAUCACAUCCCAACGAGCAGACACAGACCAACACGAAAAAAAAUACAAUUCGAAAGAAGAAAAAAAAGUGCAAUAUUCAUUACAUUUUAUUUAGAUAAAACGUUAUAAAUGUGUCUAAAUGCAAAUCCUUUGUACUGUUGUGUCGUAUGCUGAAUUGAGUAAUUGAGCGAGAAAAAAGCCAUUUGAAACAAAGAAACAAACAACAAAAACUAUAUUGGUUAUGGACUUUGAUACCGUGAUUUUCAUUUUUCUUUUUCAUGUUAUUAAUUGGUCGAUUGUGAAGCUUUCGAUUUUUGAAACGGUACCCGAAAAUGAAUACUCAUUAAUAGCCGUUAUGUGUUUGCGCAAUAAAUGUGAGUGUGUAUAAACUAUCUAGGAGGCAAGACAGAAGCAAAAAAAAGAAGCAAAAAAAGGAGAAAAACAAUGAAAGCUACAAUUUUGAAGCAAAGCAACGAGCAGGGCAGAUACGCACAACCCGAAGCAAAAAGAGAAAUAACAACCACAAAAAAUACACACAUUUAAUGAAAAAAAAACAAAUGUUUCAAUAGCAAUUUCUUUUUGGUUUCUUUUUCUGCUGCAAAGCAACAUUUUCAAUUUUCCCUACGUAUCGAUGCUCUUUUUUCUUUUUUCAACAAAGAAACCGCUACGCGUUCAUGGUACCAUCAUUUUUAUGUUGGAUUUUUUUUUACAAACAAAUCUGUCUCCACCAAUUCGAUCAAAUGAAAGUGACGAGAAAACAAAAAACACCAAAAAUCAAUUUCAUUCGAAUAGCAAGUGAAUGUGCAAGAGCGACUGUUGGGUUUACAUCAAAUUGUGCCCGUCGAAAGGAACAAAAAAAAAGAAGAACGAAAUGGUCAACUUGGUUGCACUUGGACGAAAUUUUUAUUUUGCACCAAAUACCAUCAUGUUAUAGAAGCAAAAAUCUUUGAAAAAUGCAAGAAAUGAUGAAAAAAAAUAAACAACAACAAAAAAUAUUUAUAAAAUUCUAGUCAAAACAAAAAUGGAAUAACAUAAAAAGAAGAACACCUAAUUAAGCAAACAAUUUUUCUUCUUUUUUUUCAAUUUUCUCGACUUUCAAUGGGUAAAGCCAACAUCGAAAGUUACAAGAAAAAACAAAUGACACUGAUGAGAAUCUAUUUAUGCAUCAUUUUAAUUGUAGAGAAAGAAAAUUCGUAGCUGAUUAUAAUGCAAGAAAUCAUCUAAUUUAUUUACAUGUAUGGAACAUAAGCGUAUAAUUAUUAUUAUUUCUCUUUUUUCUUUUUUUUUGUCUCAAUUAAUGUUAAUUUAGUAUUUUUCGUGAGAGCAUUGCGAUUAAUUUAUUUUCUUUCAAUUUCGUCUCAAAUUCUUUGCAUUUUUCGAUUUUAAUUAAAAUAUUAAAUUAAAUUAAAGUAAAGGAAAUAAAGUUCGAGCAUGGAACUUGUUCCAUCCACGGUCUAAUGAAAUACAAUGGUAUGACGAAAUGCUGCUUAGCAAAAAGGACACUCAUAAAUUAAAGAGGAAAAAUGUAUCAAAUACAGAAACACACACACACACACACAGCAAACUACUUUUUAUAAAAAAAAAUAGAAAAUUAUUAAAAGAUUUAAACGCAUUACUUAAUUGAUUAUUAUAAAGAAAAAAAAAUAAAAUGUAAAAGGAAGCGCAAAUUUGUCCGCUGAUCGACAGACGAAAUUGAAAAACAAGAGAUGACACAAUUGAUGAUUGAGAGAAAUCAUCAAAUGAUGAAGGAAAAAAAAGAAGAGAGAAAAAUAAGUAUGAAAUUCUUUUAGCAUAAUUUAUUUAUUUAUUAACCAAAUCUCAAUAACAACAACAAAAAAACAACACUCUCUGUUGACCAGCACACAUCAGAAUUGCAUCCAACUGAAUUGCAGUGCUCAAUGCAAUGCUAAUGUCUGCUGAUCCAUCGAGCCAUGACUAAACGUAAUUUAUCAAUAAAUGAAUUGAAAACCAACAUAAAAUAUACCUAUAAAUAUUCAUAUAUAGAAUAAAAGUAUGUUUUAAUAUAUUAUUAUUAUGUAUUAUAUAUAAAUGAAGAAGAUGAAAGAAAAAAUGGAAAAAAAUUGACGAAGGAAAAAAAAUGAAGAGGAUGACACUAUGAUUUUAACUCAAUAUAACCUAUACUUCAAGAGAAACACACACACAAACUUGGAAGAAAAGAACCCAGAGUAUACACAGAUACAUAGACAUACUUAAGGAAUAUGAUGCAUUUGGCAAUUCAAUACGAAAAUGGUUGUGCAAAUUCAUGAUUGAGAAAAAGUCUUGAAAAAAAAACAAAACAAAUUUAUAACUUUGCUAAAGAGAGAACCAAUAAAAAAAACACACGUAAAUGUGACAUUAGCAACAUAAAUGUUUGGCCAAAGCAUUUUCUUCCACAAUCAAAUUGUUUCACGGCACACUGAUCCGAACAAAACAUUUUAUGAAUUAAUCGAAUACAAUGAAUAAACGAAAUCUGUUGCUAUUAAUUUAAAACCAGAAAACAUAAACCAAAUCUAUAGAAAUGACAUAAAAUGGGACAAAAUAGAAAUCAAUAAUAUUGAAAUGAAUCGAUGAUAUAAAACAAAAAGAAAAUAAAUCAAUCUUAUCUCAUUAGUUGUUUAAGAUCUUGAUGUUGUGUGCAAUAGAAGUUACAAAUGAAGGCGAAAUCAUCUAAACAAUUUUCCUAAUUAUGUCGCCGCCCGAAACAUAGCAAAAUCCAAAAUAUUUCAGACAGCCAGAAAACACACACACACACAAAAAUGAACAAAUCAUCCAUCACUUUACUAAUAGAUUGUUUAACGAAUGGAAUCAAUGUAACAACACAUACAUACACACACCCUGCCCGCCUAUUCUGAUGAUCUAAGGUUUUUUUUUAAAUGGAAAUUCCAUACAUUUUAAAACAUGUAUUCAAAUUGUUUUUUCCUCGAACGGUUUCUUACUAAGAAUCGCUAUCACUCGAAUGGCAAUCCACGAUUCAAUCGUAUGCUAAAAUCCUCCAGAACGAAAAACAAACAUUUAUCAAACUUUAUUACUAAUUCAGAAUUAAAACAAAAAAUAUUCACAAACACACAUUCAAAAUUUAUUGAGCACAUUCAUGCGAUGUGAUUCUCAAACGUAGUAAAAAAAAUUAACAAUUAUAACUGGACGUAGAGGACAAAAAAGAAAUCUAGCUGAAAGAAAAUAUUCCGUUGAUUUUGUUCACACCAUUCUUUUCAUAUCCAUUCAGAGAAGGAGAAUAGGUCUCAUUUCGUCGCGUAGUUUGUUUCUUUUUAAAUCGUUAGCAUACGUGAUAUAUGAAAGAGAAGGCAACAACAAACAUUGACACUCAACCAAAUUUAUUUAUCAUUUUUUCAUCUAAUUUAUCUAUUCGAUUCGAUUUUAAAAUUUGAACAACAUUAUUUUUUUCAUUCGUUUUUUUUGUUCAUUCGAAUCCAAAGAAUGGCACACUUGGUAGCAAAAUGCAUACUAUAAAAAGAAUAUGAACGAAAAACGGCUAUUGUAUCUUAAGUUUAAAUUUAUUUUCCCCGUUUUUUCUUUUAUUUUGGAAUUGCAACACGAUUUUCUUUUUCAAUUAGGUUAGACAAAAAAGGAGUGUGUGUUUUAUUUUUGUGCGCCAAAAUUGAUGUGUUUGAACAGAGAGUAUUUUUUCCCUUCUUCACUAAUCACACACACGCCGAUUUUUUUUCUCUUUAUUUUAAGUUCAUACCAUGUACGUAGUUUUAAUAAUACCCCCCUUUACUUCAAAUUCACUUUAUUUAUUUCUCCAAAAAACGAAAGAAAAAAAAACAAAACAAAACAAACCUACUAAAAUGAUUUAUGUAGUUUGUAUAACCCAGUGUAAUAAUUUCAAUUUUUUUUUUCAUUCGUUUGAUUUUUUUUUUUUCUAAUUAAGCCAAUUCCCAGAAAAGUGAAACACAGAAAAGAAAAAAAAAAACAAGAUUCAAAUGUCGUAAGAUAACGAAUGUAUCAAACUAAAACAAAAAUCACUUACGGAAAAAACAAAUUUAUCUGCUAAACAAAAAAUAAUUCAUUGUAAUUUUAUGUUGUGUCUCGUUCUCUUUUUUACGUAACAUUUUAACCAUGCAUUUUCUGUGCUUUUCGUGUAAUUUUAAGUAAUAAUUUGUUUUUUCUAACACCACUCAAGCAAAUAACAAAUCCAACAAAAACAAGAAGAGGAAUAUCCAAUUCAAAUGUCAACAAUAUUUAUGCAUACUUGUUUCUUUAACUGAUUCAACUUGUUGUAGACCAAUGAGUAAAGUUGACAAAACAAAAUAUGCUUUUUUUUUGUUAAUCCGGCUAUUUUCCUACCCACUUCUCAAACUCAGUCAACUCGCAGACUAACAUCGAUCAUUUUUAUUCCCCGCAAAUAUACUAAAAAAGAACAUUAUUAUUUCAUUUGCAACAACAACAAAGAAAAGAGAAUUAAUUUACUAAAAAAACAACCAAUCAUAAACAUACACAUACACAUACACAUUUGCUGUAGUGUAACGAAAAUGAUACGAGUGACAAGUGUUGCUAGAGAAAAAAAAACAAUUCAACCACUAUAUAAUUUUCAAAACAAACAAAAAAAUCUAUUAAUUGAUUAUUAUAAACAAACAAAAAAAUAAUAAUAUUAUACAGUAAUUUUAUGUUUGCUUUCUCAUGUAUGAUUUUCUUUUUUGUCAGCGUAAUAUUAAAAAAAAAACACAAAAAAUUUAAUAAAUUUUUUCGCUAGAAA